AGUCACACCAGCAGCAUGUCCCAGGCAGAUUUUGACCGAGCGGCCGAGGAGGUGAAGAAGCUGAAGGCCACGCCGGUUGACCAGGAGAUGCUUGAACUGUACGCCUUGUACAAACAGGCCACCGUCGGGGACGUGAACACAGAGCGGCCGGGAAUGUUCGACUUCAAAGGAAAAGCCAAGUGGGACGCGUGGUCAGCGAAGAAAGGAGUCUCUAAGGAAGACGCGAUGGGGCAGUACAUCAAAUUCGUGGAUGAUCUUAAAGCAAAGUAUGGCUGCUAGACGGCAGAGAUCUGCCACGCGUGAAACGGUUAAUAUCACUGCAGUUUGUGGACAACAGGAAACAAUAAACUCGUUCUUUCUGUCUGUG